AUGGUUUCUCAUGGCGAUUCGCAAGUGCGUUUCUGCCGUUUCUAUGGCUGGCCGCCGCGAACAAACGACUUCGCGUCUAUCGCGGGGCUCUCUCUGUUCCCCGUUCGACUGCUCUCCAUCGUGCGGACGUUAGCGUCGUGCAGCGCAAGCCAAACCACAACGUACGGCGUAGUGCGUUCGUGUUCUUCUACAUUGGUUGAGUCUUCUGCAGCCACUGCACCGUCGUCACCUUCUCGGUUGAACGAUCUGGGCCACCACCUCUCGAGCAGCGACAAGCACCGUCGCUGUUAG